GACAACAAGUCUGUACAGAUCAAACACAGGAUUGUAAACCUCCCUUAUGUGAUGUACCGAGAAGUAAAUCAGAUAUUGCGAAAUGAAUUAGUCACGGGUUAUAGAAUAUUUUUUCGUAAAAGGAUCAUGGCGGAAAAACGUAAACGGGAUACUUGUAGUAUAUGUCAAGAGAAUUUCACCAAACCUAAAAUUAUUUCGUGUUUUCACACUUUUUGUGAAAAAUGUCUAGAGAAUCACAUUCAGAAUACUGCACAGAAUUCUUGCUUUUCGUGUCCGGUUUGCCGGAAAGUUAUUGCUGUUCCCAAAGGCGGCGUGGCGGAAUUCUCAUAUAAUUUUUAUAUUGAAGAAGAAUAUGUUAAAGUGAAGAGGAGGGAAAAAGUUAUCAACUGUGAUAUAUGCGAGGAAGAAUAUUCUAAUUACAGAUGUGUAGAAUGUGGUCAGUAUUUAUGUGAUGCUUGUAAGGAUAAACACGACCAAUUUUCUGGCUGUAUCAAACACACGGUGUUCAGUUUAGAUGAUGAAACAGAAGUUAAACUACAGGAGAAGAGACAUUUUUGUACAGAGCACGAAACAGAGGAGUUAGACUUCUAUUGCGAGACUUGUACACUGAGCAUAUGUUUAAAAUGUUUGAUGGCGAAUCAUAAAGACCACAAGACCCCUCAGUUGAAAGACUGUGCAGAAGCCGUGAAGGUAGAGCUGACCAAACUACAAACAGAACUCGAGGAACGCCAUAAAAAAAUUGAUGGGUAUGUAGCUUCCAUUGAUAAAAAGAUAUCUGAGAUGAGAGAUUCUAAAACUGAAACUUGUAAGAAGAUCGACGAACAGGUACAAAAAAUAUGUGAUGCUAUAACUGCUCUAGGGAACGAAUCUAAGAAGGAAGUUGAGACAACGUGUGAUGAGGAGGAGCAAAAGAUGAAUAAAAUAAUAGAAAACAUGAAAAACCUCUCACGGCAAAUGGAAGCCACCAUUGAACAUUUGAAACAAAUUUUGAAAAAGAACUCUGUAGUUGAAAAUAUAAAUGUUCUUCCAAAAAUAAAAAGCGAAAAAGCAGAAAAAUGUUCAACGGAUUUACCAUGUCUUCCUCGUGUUGUGACAGAAUACAAGACAAGUAAAGUCAGCCUUGUCUAUCUAUCUAGCUAUCUUGGGAAGUUGUCCAUUUUACGUGGUCCAACAUUUCAACAUAAAUUCACGUUGUAUAAUCCUUACAUAGCGCGGAGGUAUGACAGUGCAGUAUACCGAAUAGAUGACCUACCAUGGUUUCUAAGAAUUGACACCAAUAGAGACAAUGAUCGUGUGAAUAUAGGUUUAUAUUUAUAUCUAGGUGAUCACCCAACAGUUCAAUCAGUGACAGCCCGCAUUAAACUAGAACUUCUUCAGGCCUCUGAUAGAACGAGAUUAUGCACUAAAGAAGAUAAUACCAUUUUUUCAGGAACGACGAGCUUGUAUGAAUGGAAAGAUGUCACUACUACAUAUGGUAGCAACUAUUAUUUUGCGUCACGCCAGAGCUCAGUAGCUGAGAAAUGUUUUCUAGUUCAGGCAAACGUUAUCAUCGAAAAUACAAAAACAAAAUAAAAACAUCGGGUCUUAGGCAUGUCGAUGUUCGGAUCGAUGCAAUGGAAAUGAUUUUAUCCAAUCUUAAAGGAUACAAUGACUAUUUAGAAGACGCAAUUUUUAUAAUCAGUAUUUAGAAGUAAACAGUCUUAAGGACAUAUUAAGGGAUGCUCGAUUGUCAGUCCAGAACGUUCUGAAUUGACAGAAUCACAAUAGAGUUGGGCGGAAUUCAGUCCUGUUACUGUUCUGUUAUUCCCGACAACUGAGGUGGUGUGAGUAGAAUCAUGUAGUAAUUAAACACAGCCAAUAUGUUUCAGCUGUCAUGGUUAGUUGAGAUAUUAUCUUAUGCAUUCCACGUAUGCAUUGUAGUCCAAAAUCCCCCUUUCCAAUCCAUUGUUGCUCUUUUGGGUUUAAGAGAAUACAAUUCUUGAACGUUCAAUCGAGUAUCCCCGUAGAGUUGCAGUUACUUGGCUUGUGAUGUUUAUCUAUACAUUCAUUAUUCCGUGUAUUCGAAUUUUAAGCUUUCGACUCCUCUUAAAGUUGUCAACAAUAAACGAGCCCUUGUAUUCGUAGUGAAUGUAUGAAUAGAUUAAUCCCACUUCCGUUCAUUGUUUUCUAAAGCUUUCGACUUUUCUUGGAAUUGUCAACCAUAAAUGGGUCGUUUUAUUCGUAAUAUAUCUUUGUCAAUGAAUUAAUUACACAGGUAAAUUGUGUCCCGACAGCGGCGCUAUGACCUACAUUUAUUUCGAACUCCGACUAGCAAGAGUUAUUUUACGCGUGCACGGGACCUCAGCUUUUCAUACCAUCCGAACGAGUAGACCCUCUUGCAUGUACGACUGGAUUAUCCCGGGGAACCUUAUCAACUUAACAUGUAUCUUAACAUAUUGAUUCAGUAGUAUAUUUAUAUAGUUGUUUAAACUAAUGUAUAUCAAAUAUUGAAUUCUAACAUGCUUUUAUGUUUUAUUUUAAUUGUGCUGUUAAUGUCUGUAUUGUAUUCUGAUUUGUCGGUUUUUUUUAAAAAAAAAUAAACUCAGUCAAUUGGA